UUUCUCACACUGACACACCCUGCCCCCCGACUUGCGUCAAGUGUGUGUUUGUAUGGAGUAGAGUUCCACUUCCUGAGUUUCACAGGUAGAGACACCUGAGGAACAGAAAGGGGUUAAAUUGUUCGUGUCGUGAUCUCACUACGUGAAAACGCCCAAAAAGCAUAACUGUUCGUCAGUUUCGACUGAAACUCAAGUAUGUAAAAACAAAAAAACGAAUUAAAAAAGAGCAACACGAAAUCGAGAAUAUACACCGGAUCCACAAGCGGGAUUUUUGAUCUGAUGUAUUGUGUGAAAACUCUUCAGUAAACAAGAGAAAGAGUCGGAGAGAAAAGGAGGUUUUUGUUUGUUUUGUUGUUUGUUUGUUGUUGUUACAAAGGAAACUAUUAUUGGUUGGGAAUUGGUUUUCUUCAAGAUGUCUGCUAUUAAUUGGGUAGGGGUAUUCCUGGUUGCCUCUUUACUGCCUAUAACGGGAACACAGGCUCAGAAUUUUGGGGAGGAGUGCUUGGACAAGUUUACUCCUGGUAAACCAGAUUUUAUUUUGGAUACGGACGAUUCUGUGAAGGAUGGAGCCACCUUCCUCGCGUCCCCGAAUGUAUCUCAGUGGAAAGAGUGCGUGCGGGCCUGUUGCAUGCAACCCAGGUGCAACCUGGCUUUUAUGGAGGAAGCUGACUUUCAUUGCUUUCUAUUCGAUUGUCUCCACAAGCAGUCCUAUGUGUGCCGAUUUAUUAAGAAGACGGGAUAUGUUAAUUACAUCUUGAGUUCUGUCUCAAAAGAAUAUCUGGAGGGACACAACUUCAAACCUGAUUCAGAUAAACCUCCAAGUGCACUGGUUAGUUUGGACAGAGUAGUCCAGCCUCAAGAGACUGUAACACUGGGAGCUAUUGAGAGUAAAGAUGAUCACGACAUUGUCGACUACAAGUGGGACCUGGUGCAAGGGAACCCCACUGUCCAGUGGCAGAAAACGGAUCUACGUGACCAGGUGGUUGUGUCCAAUCUGAACGAAGGCACAUAUGUUUUCCGGCUGACGGUGACAGACACUGUGGGGCAGACGGAUUCUGCGAACGUCACCAUCCUAGUUCUCACAAAGGAGCAGUCCGCGGAUUACUGUCUGGUUCCUCAUAAGAUUGGCCCAUGUCGGGGUUCAUUCCCUCGCUGGUACUACAACUCGGAGCUCGGGAAGUGUGAGAAGUUCCUGUUUGGGGGCUGCAAACCAAACCAGAACAAUUAUUUGACGGAGGAAGAUUGUACUGGGGCCUGCCAGGGGCUGAAUGCUGCAUCUACACAUUCAGGUCGGGGUGUUUUUCCACCGAACAAGUGCAAUACUGAGUGCUCCUCCAGCCAGUUCAAGUGUGAGGACGGCUGCUGUUUGGACGGUGGUCUGGAAUGUGAUGGACAGUCUCAGUGCUCUGAUGGGUCUGAUGAGGCUUCUUGCACUAAUAUAAAAAAUAAAUUUGGCCAUUUGCUGGAUAUUGACAUUCCAAAGGAGAAAGUUCGUUGCACAGAACCCCCUGUGACUGGUCCAUGUCGUGCCAGCCACUUGCGGUGGUACUAUGACCCCUACAGCACACAGUGUCACCGGUUUACCUUCGGAGGCUGCACUGGGAAUAACAACAACUUCAAGAGUGAUGAGGAGUGCAGUGCUGCCUGCUCAGGAGUGACACAAGCAGAUGUGUUUGCCAGGGGACAGUUUGAACGUCAAGAUUCUGGUGACUCCAACUCCGGAGCCAUUGCUGUGGCUGUGCUCCUUGGUGUUUCCAUAGCGAUUGUCAUUGCUGUUAUGGGUUACUGCUACCUGAAGAAUAGGAAGGCCCGUCCGCGACACCAGCCUGUGGCUGUCAAUGAUGGCUCCUCCACCCUCUCAACCACUGAGGACACCCAUAGACUCGUCUACAACUCCACCACCAAGCCCUUGCACUGAGAAGGAAUCUCACACACCCAGCAGUCUUUAAGAGAAACAUUUCGGAAAAUAAACGUAGACCAAGAUAUUCUGGCAUUCUUAACACUCACUUCUGAGGGGUGGGGGCUGGUACUUUGUUUUGCUAUAUGUAUUAUACAAGUCCAUAGAAGGUAGCAUUUUAAACAUAUCCUAGAUUAAGCUAACAGUACUAAUUUUGUUUAAUGUAUCGCCCCUCCACCAGAAACACACAGCAUUAGGCAAGACAUUCUGAGCCCUUCAGUACAUGACAGAAUGUCCUGGUCAAUAUUUUAGAAUUUUAAAUGUAUCCCUUCUCCACCUCCCCACAGUGGCGUCCAACAGCUACAGUAUCUUGGAGUUUAAAUCGACUUCUCAAUCCCCUUUGUGACCUUGAGCGAGCCAGAUUAUCUUUUUGAGCUUCAGUUUCACAGUAGCCAUGUUUCCUAGUAGAAACAGGACUCUUCCACUGGAAUUCAGUUGUCUCCAUCUCCUUUGAGCUAUAUUGGCCUUGAACUCCAUAGAUGUGUUGUAAUGUGCAUUACCCUACCCUUUAGACCAUCUUUUGGAGGUGGUGUCUCUCUCAUUACCUAGGGAGCACACUGCAUUUACUUUUUUUUUAUUACACUAUUACCUAUUAUGCAUAUAGAUUAAUAAUGAAGGUUUGGAUCCAUUUUAUCUUUUUCUGCUUGAGCAGGAAGGGGAAAUAUUUUAAUAUAGUGGGGUAGUUUUCAUUCGAAGAUCCAGCCCAAGUCAGGAAAGCUUGGUGCUCCAAGUUUUUUGAAUGGCCUCAUACAAGGUGUUGUCCAAACUCACUGGUGAAUUUACUUCAGUUGGCAUAUGGUCUGUUUGAAUGUGAAGCACUCUUCUUCCUUGAUAGUCUAGACAAACCUUGCACUCUUCCUGUGUACAGUGAUUUCUAAAUCGUGAGGCUGUAAAAGGCUUCUAGCAGGUAUCAGUAGAGGAAUGAUGGUGUGUGAAUUGGUUGCUUUAGAAACUUUGUAAAUAGAGACUUUUAGAAAAGGACAAAAUUGCUUUUCUUUAAAACGUGAUGAUCACUUAGACUUGUGUCAUAUUUAAGGCUUUGUGUUUUUUGCAUGUUUAUCAUAAACCUACAUCCUUGGAUGUGGGGUGUACUGCAUAUGGCUCUGGGUUCAAUCCACUUAUUACCAAAACUGUGGUACUUUUACAGCGCUCUGAGAAGAAUGCCAAGGAUGUGUUCCUCUGAACACGGGGUGUGGGUUUACUGUGACCCGAUUUGUAAGGGUUCUGUCUUGUUGCUUUUAAAUUGUUAUCAGUUGAAAAUAUUUUGGAAAGAACGGCUUCUUCCAGACGAAAAAUUAUAAACCCACAAUUUUGAACUGAUUUCUAAAGGGCAACUGUUUUUUUUACUGCCUAGUUUAUUAGGGGUUUUUUUGUGUUUGUUCCGUUUUGUUUUUUUAAACCCUGAAAAAGCGAAUGGUUUACGUGCUUCUUUUUAUGGUAAAUAUUGUCAUGGAUGUGUUGCCCUCUAGUGAUGAGAAUGCAUUUUUUGCAACCAAGUUGGAUCAGGCAAUCAACAUUUAAAUGUAUUUAAGAAACCUUUUAGCUGGUGUGAGGGAAGGAAUUAGAUUUUGGUCUAUAGCAUAUCUCUGCCAUUCAUGUUUAAAUUAAUAGUAAUGGUUUAUUUAAAGUGAAAAAAAAAAAUGAAAAAAACCUUUACAGUAUACCAAGUUAUAAAAUCACUAAGUGACAGAUGGCUUCCUUCAAAUCAGUUAGCAAAUGUUUUUAUAAUGAAAGAAUCGCAAUGAAUUAACACUGUUUCCCCCUCCUCUGUAUUUUAUUUUCUAUCAUGUCCUAUAAAGGAGUUUGUUUUUUAUUUCUUUAUUUUUUGUCUUCAAAUAGUUUGCUGAUGUUUUAAGAAUGUAUAAAUCAUGAUAAGACUUUACUAUACAUGCACACCGUUUUACUAUUUAAUUCAUGUUGUGUGUCUUUAAAUAUGUGGUAUUUGAAGUUGUAAAAUUUUGUUGUAUUGAUGUACCUUUUUUUCUGAUUUCCAUACUUGAUUAUUGGGGAUGAUAACAAAAUUAUAGGAUUUCAUCUACAUAGCAAAUGCUGUAAUUUCUGAUUGGAACCUUUCUGUUUUCAGCAUGUAUAAGUUUGACCAGUGUAUUCCAGUGUAAAUGCUGUGUGCCCAAAACUCUGCAGUGAAAUUGACUUUAAUAAAUUGGUUUGCAGACAUUAAAACAUCACUAAACACACACCUUGAUUACCGGUGUACAUGGUUCUGUGUCCAGUAGAAAUGCACUGCAAUGCUGUAAAAUCCAAAAGGACUACAGAAAGUAAACGCAAAGUUUUUGGAAAUCAGAUUAAUUUGCUCUUUCAUGUACUCUGUAAAAUCGAAUAAACCAAAGUUGAUGUAUGUAUAAAAAA